AUGGCUGGAAGACGUCGUCGUUCGAACAUAGGUCGUAGUACAGUGGUCGCCAGAAGACUACGUUCAGCAAGAGAUGAAAAAUCGUCAACGGAACGUGAGGCUCGCCGCAGUCAGAUGCGGGAUAGAUAUAGAGCUGAGAGAGAGAGGGAAUCUUCAGUAGAGCGUCAGUGGGUGAAUCUGGAUUUAAGCAACGAAGAAAAAAGACAAGCAAAGAUGGACUUUUGUCAAAAAUAUGGAUUUCCUGGUGCGAUUUUAUGUGUAGACGGAACACACAUUAAAAUUGUUGCGCCAGCUAAGGACAAAUUCCUGUAUUUUAAUCGUAAAGGGUACUAUAGCAUCAAUGCUAUGAUUAUAUGCGAUAAUAAAAUGAGAAUUCGCUACGUGAAUGCGCAGUAUCCUGGCAGCAACCACGAUGCUCAUAUUUGGAACGUAAGCAGCGCGCGAAAUUUUUUUGAAAAUAAAUACCUAAACGGCGAACGAAACACUUGGCUUUUGGGAGACGCUGGAUAUGCUCUAGAGCCAUGGUUAAUGACACCUUUUCGUUCACCUACAACAGGAAGCGCCGAAGGAAACUACAAUAAAAUACAUGCAAAAGCCAGAAAUACUAUAGAAAGGACCAUAGGUGUAUUUAAGAACCGAUUCAGAUGCCUUCUGGGUGCUCGUGAGCUUUAUUAUGAACCCAUGAAGGUUUGCCAAAUAGUGAACGUUGCCGCAGCAUUGCACAAUAUUUGUAUGCAUUAA